AUGUCGGCCGAAAAGCGACCUGCGUCUGACGAUCCGGGCGCGGGCCAAUUGGUUGUCAAGAGGCAAAAACCCGGGACAAGCACCGCGCUUUCGCGUCGAGAUGGAGGUCCGGGCAGCGGUGCGUUGGUGCAAUCUAUGGUGCGAACGAGUAAUCUGGAGGCACCCUUGAUGGAGCUCUCAGGGCACUCUGGCGAGGUUUUCUCUGCGAAGUUCAACUCGACUGGAGAGAUGAUUGCCUCCGGAUCGAUGGACCGGAGUAUACUGCUUUGGAAAUCAUCAGGCGCGUGUGAAAACUAUGGCAUGUUGGCUGGCCACCGAGGCGCGGUUUUGGACCUGCAGUGGUCUCGCGAUUCCGAAAUACUCUACUCAGCAUCGGCCGACAUGCACCUCGCAAGCUGGGACUUGACAUCGGGAACGAGGAUACGAAGGUACAUCGGGCACGAAGAAAUUAUAAACGCCGUCGACAUCAGCAGACGCGGCGAAGAGCUGCUCAUCAGCGGGAGCGACGACGGAGCGAUUGGCAUAUGGGAUCCCCGGACGAAAAACGCGGUUGAUUACAUCGAGACGGAAUUCCCGAUUACGGCUGUCGCAGUCUCGGAGGCCGGAAAUGAGAUCUUUUCCGGCGGAAUCGACAACGACAUCAAGGUCUGGGACAUCCGGAAGAAAGCGGUCGUGUACUCGAUGCUGGGCCACAAUGAUACGGUAACGAGCUUACGCGUCUCGCCGGAUUCCCAGUCGCUGCUCUCGUACUCCCACGACUCGACGGCCCAGACGUGGGACAUUCGGCCAUUCGCUCCAACCGAGCGGCACAUUCGCACCUUUGACGGGGCGCAAAUGGGGAUCGAAAAAAAUAUAAUCCGGGCAAGCUGGGACCAGGCAGGCAAGAAGGUUGCUGUGGGCGCCGGAGACGGUACUGUGAUCAUCUGGUCGAACGACACUGGUAAGCUUCUUUACAAGCUGCCGGGUCAUAAAGGAACGGUGAACUGCGCCGAAUUUGUGCCCAACGAGGAGCCCAUCAUCCUAUCCGCAUCUUCUGACCGUAGGAUGCUACUCGGGGAGUUGAGAUAA